AUGGCGAGGUUCCAGUUGGUCCCGGUCAGAUUGAGCUGGACGGCACUUUUGGCUGUGGCCCACUUGACGUACUUGUUGGUAGGAGCCAUCAUCUUCCAGAUACUGGAGCGAGAGGCUGAGAGCAACAACCGAAACCACUUCCAACUGGAGAAGUUGCAUUUCUUGACUAAUUAUACGUGCCUGGAUGGAGAAGCCUUGGAGCAAUUUGUUCAGGUGAUUUUAGAUGCCUGGGAAAAGGGAGUCAAUCCCUCGGGCAACUCAACAAACCCCAGUAACUGGGAUUUUAGUAGCUCCUUCUUUUUUGCAGGCACAGUCGUCACAACUAUAGGCUAUGGCAACCUUUCCCCGAGCACUGUGUCUGGUCAAGUGUUUUGUGUAUUUUAUGCCCUCUGUGGGAUUCCAUUGAACCUGGCUUUCCUCAAGCAGCUGGGGAAGUGUCUCACAGUCCACCUCGGUCGACUCGAGAGGGGAAUGGUCUCAGUUGUUCCCCACAAGCAAGCAGUUGAGGCGAUGGCAGUGGGUUUGUUCUUCAUUACUGGAAGCCUGCUGUUUCUGGUCAUCCCUCCUCUGCUGUUUAGUUACGUGGAAGGCUGGACAUUUGGAGAGGGCUUCUACUUUGCCUUCAUUACCCUCAGCACCAUUGGUUUUGGCGAUUAUGUGGUGGGAACUGACCCCGGCAAGGAGUACAUCUCUCUGUACCGCAGCCUUGCAGGGAUUUGGAUCAUCUUUGCCCUUGCCUGGCUCGCUCUUAUCCUCAAUAUGGGAGCCAGAAUAAUGGAGCAUGUGGUUUUCCUGACUCAUCCGGGCUUUAAGAAACAAGAGGAGGAAGAGGAAGUGUCACCCAGUAAACUAGAGGACACAUCGAAGAUCUAA